GAUAUCAGGAAUCCUGAUGGACAGACAGACUGCUCGGCCCUCCUCCACCCUCAUCUGCUUCUUCUCAUCUCUCUGCACUGCGCUCCUCUUCAUCAUCAUCAUCCUCUUCGUCGUCUUCACACGUCAAGGGGUGAAUCAGAUGGAGCAGAACAUGGAGAUGAAGCUGAGGAAUCUGAGUAUGGGACUGCAAUCCAGAGUGGAGGGACUGAGCCAACUUGGAUCCCAGAUGAUGGAGAGAAUGAAAGUCAUGCAACACUUUCUGAAAGGCAUCAAAGAAUCCCAAGUGAUGAGUAAAGUGGUGGAGAUUGAGUCCCUGGUGUUACGGAUUGUAUCAGACGAGGUGGCAGGUUCUCUUACCAAUGAUAAUCAGAGGAUAUUGGCAGCUCUGGGACAACUGGCCGACCAGAUCUUUCAACCGAACAGCAGCUCUGCUGACCCAUUGUGUGAUUGGGGUUGGACGCACCACGGCUCCAGCUGCUACUUGUUGAUCAAACGUGUCCAGUCAUGGUCAUCUGCUAAGAAGGACUGCGAGGACAGGAAAGGUCACCUGGUGAUCAUCAAUGACGAAGAUGAAAUGGUGAGAAUAGAGGGGCGAUGGUGGGGUCUCUUUAAGAGAUAUAGUGGGUUAAAGGUCACUCAGCUGGACCCCAAUACCUAUAUACAAAAAUGUUGGUAA